GUAAGAACACACUAACAUAAACGCAAAACCAUCAACCGCUGGCUCUGCUCUGCUCAGCUAGAGAGGAGAAUCUGGAAACCCCCAAGGCGUGUGUUUCUCUCUCCCUACGCCACAACCUCAUUCAUAUACAUAUAUACUUUUUUUCUUCUUCUUCGAUUUAGGUUUCCUGCAUCAAAUCUGCUCAAGAAAAUGCAGAAUAGGCUGGGUAGAGGACACCGAGACAAACUUCAGCAAUUCAUGACAAUUACUGGGGCUAGUGAAAAGGUAGCUCAUCAAGCUCUGAAGGCAAGUGAUUGGCACCUUGAAGGAGCAUUAGAUGUAUUCUACAGCCAGCCCCAGGUUAAGUCAUCUGCAGACAAAAGACGCUUGGAGGAGCUUUACAAUAGAUAUAAAGAUCCUUAUGCUGACAUGAUAAUGGCUGAUGGUAUUAGUCUCCUCUGCAAUGAUAUUCAGGUUGAUCCUCAGGACAUAGUCAUGUUGGUAGUUUCAUGGCACAUGAGGGCUGCUACUAUGUGUGAAUUUUCCAAGCAGGAGUUCAUUGGUGGAUUACAAUCCCUUGGAGUAGAUUCACUGGAUAAGUUCAGAGAAAAAAUACCCUUCAUGCGUGCUGAGCUGAAAGACGAACACAAGUUUCGUGAGAUCUAUAACUUUGCUUUCGGCUGGGCAAAGGAGAAGGGUCAGAAAUCUUUAGCCUUGGAUACAGCAAUUGGAAUGUGGCAGUUGCUAUUUGCAGAAAAACAUUGGCCACUGGUUGACCAUUGGUGCCAGUUCCUACAGGCACGUCAUAAUAAAGCCAUCUCACGUGACACUUGGUCUCAGCUUCUUGAAUUUGCUAGAAGUGUGGACCCUGCAUUAACAAACUAUGAUGCAGAGGGUGCAUGGCCUUAUCUGAUUGAUGAAUUUGUUGAGUACUUGAUGGAAAAUGGUAUAGUGCAGCAAAAAUGAGUGAGUGAUUGGAGGCUAGUGGGUGGGUGGAUUUCAGGAGGAUUUGCUCAAAAGUGUGAUUUGAAGCAUAUUCUGGUGUAGUAGUAGUGUUUGUUUAGGGUACACUAUACUAUUUAUUGCUGACUAUGUAAGAAAGUAUAUUAUUAUUCCAUCCAUCUGAGAUUGUUAUUAUUAAAAUAUUAUUAUUUGAGUUGGGCUUGGAUUUCUUUACCGACCGUGUGAUUUGAACAAA